AUGCAUCAUAUCACGCAUCAUCUGAAAGACCAAUGUAAUCUAAGCGCAGCCACUCAGCACGAAUUUCUUACAGCUGCUGGUACAUUGAGCCUAUCUCCAGCCCGUCUUGCACUGUGGCUCUGUCAGGACCGCAUUUAUACGGCACACGCAUAUCCCCGUUUUAUUGGUCUGCUCAUAUCAAAAAUUCCCUUCGAUGGACCUGCUGUUGAGGAGGAAUUGAACAGAGAGACUCUCGCCCUGCUGACAGCAGGCUUGGAGGGAAUGAUUCGCGGGGUUGCUUUCCUUGAAGGGGUCGCAAAGGAAUGGGGUUUGGAUAUCAACGGUCGGAUCGAACGGAAAGCCACGCGAGAUUACACAGCUGAGAUGGCAAGGGUAGCUUCUGUUGGUUCGUUGGAAGAGGGGCUCGUAUUUCUGUGGGCAAUGGCACAGGUGUUCCUCGACGCGUGGAAGCAUGUAAAAUCCCUAUUUCCUCCUCAAAGUGACUCAGAAGACAAUACUGCGAACGCGAUCCGCCAACUAACAAACAACUGGACGACACCGGAGUUCGAAGAGUCUGUUCAGAAGAUAGAGGCUCUGGCAAAUAGGCACUUCGCGAGACAUCACCAUGGGCAUUCGCACUCAGCUGUACGUGCGAUGGAGAGUAUUUGUGCGAGAGUUGUGGAACUUGAAAAGAUAUUUUGGCCCGAGGACAGAGAGGAGACCCGUUUGAGCUCUGGAGCUUUUUGAGGUCGAACGCAUAGGUUAUUUGGAAGAUAACGGUGCUUAAUUAACAUAAUAGUGUGGGAGUUCGUGUAUCAUAGUGUCCGCCGGACCA